AACACGUACACUUUCAACGAGACGGCGCACACGCCGCGGGAGCCGGACGAGAUCCUGAGCGUGACGUACGAGGAUGGCAAGUGGAGCAAGCCGUACUACGACUGCGGCGGCGGCAACAUCUGGAUGCUCACCUACACCGUGCCCUUCUUCGGCUACAACGGGUCCUACUUCUUCAAGGGCACCAGCGGUAUCGAUAUCGACCUGAGGCGAGUCGACAUCGACCAGUGCCCCCUUCCGCCUGGCAGCACUCAGCUCAACAUCUUCGCCGCGUCUGACAAGUGCAAGGAACGGACCACUCAGUGCGUUCCGCUGCCGGGUCUCGGGUUCCGGCGCGGCAGCUACAAGUGUGUGUGCCGCAAGGGCUUCUACUUCCCGGACGUGCACGCCCGCUACCGGUACUUCAACGGCUCCAUCAUCGAGGAAGAGUACGAGAAGCUGAUGAUGGGCCGGCAGAACCUGUACAGCGCCGAGGGCAGCUUCGAGUGCCUGGCGUGCGCCGAGGGCUGCGACUCGUGUGUGGACGAGCGGCCGUGCGUCGUGUCUCUCAACUGGGUGAUGCGCACCGCCAUCCUGGUGCUCUCGUGCGUCGUCAUCUGCUGCCUGCCCGUCGUCGUGCUCUUCACCUGGAAGUACGGCAACGUCAAGGUGGUACGGGCGGCCAGUCCAGUUCUGCUUCGAGUCAUCGCGUUGGGCGCGUUCUUCAUCUACUGCACGACGAUAGUGAUGUACCCGACGCCCAACGUGGUGACGUGCACGCUGAGGGUGUGGUUGCGCGAGAUCGGUUUCUCGCUCACGUACGGCGCCCUCAUGCUCAAGACGUGGAGGAUAUCUGUGAUAUUUCGGGUGCGGUCGGCGAAAGCGAUCAAGAUCACCGACUUCGACCUGCUGAAGCGGCUGGGCGUGAUCGUGGCCGUGUUCAGCGUCUUCCUCGUGAUCAGGACGCUGGUGGCGCCGCCGCACGUGAUCGUGGGCCGCACCGCCGACGACCUCAAGGCGUACCUCUGCCGCACAGACUGGUGGGACCACUCCUUCACCACCAUGGAGGUGAUGUUCCUGGUGUGGGGCAUUCGGCUGUGCAUCGUGGUGCGGAAAGCCCCCUCAGAGUUCAACGAGAGCCGCUUCAUCUCCAUGGCCAUAUACAACGAGUUCCUUCUCUCCGUCUUCCUCAACGUAUCCAUGUUGUUCCUGCAAUCGCCCGCCAACCCGGACCUGUUGUACAUCAUCUUCUUCUGUCACACGCAGCUAACGGUCACUCUGCUGCUCGGACUCAUCUUCGGCAGCAAGGCGUACCUGGUGCUGAAGGGCCACGGGAAGCUGGAGCAGGAGGGCAGCAGCGCGGCGCCGCGCCCGCAGGCGGCCAAGUUCCUGUCCAAGGCGCGCUCCGCCAACUCGCAGUGCCUGCCGUCCACCAACUCCUCCGCCGCGGAGCUCACCGGCCGCCUCUCCGACGUCGACGUCCAGGAGGAGUUCCAGCGGGUGUACGCGCAGCUGGAACUGCUCAAGGAGAAGAACAUGCGGCUGGGCAACCGCCACUUAGCGGCGCGCAUCUCCGCCAUGCAAGAGGCGGCGCGGUCGCCGGGCCUGCCCGAGGAGGCCGUCCCCGCCGCCUCCGCUGCCUCGCCGCCCCCGCAGCUCAACAGCGCGCUGGCCGCCGUCGCCGAGCGCCUCGUCGGCACGUCGGUGCCGGCGGCCGCCGCGGCGUCUCCACUCCCUGCCGCCGCCUCCGCCAACACCUCUUCCUCGGAGGCGGCUGCGGCCUCCGCCCCCGAGCUGGAGCUCUCGACGCCCCUGGACCCGCUGUCUUCGUCAGCCGCGGCCGCCGCAGUCGCCGCCGCCGCCGUGGGGGCGCCGUCCUCCACAGUGGUGCACCGACGCGGCUCCAGAAGGUCCGCCGCGGACGCCGAUGGCGCGGCGUCCACCAGUCCGGACCAACGACGCAACCGCAACCUCAAGUCCGGUCACGCCAGGACGCACGCCAUCGUCAUCAACCUCGACGACAAGAACCGUUUUACCGAGGAAGUGACGGUGUGA